UGAUGAUUGCCCUGAAAACACCAAAUUCAGCAAACUCGUGACUCAACGUAUGACAAUAUAGCAAAACCUUCACUUUUUCUGCACUUUUCUCUUCACGUCCAUCUUUCCCACCAAAUCUGAAAUAUCUCUCUCAUAUCAUGCUUGCCGCAUCCAUAAUUCUCAACCUUUUCCUAUAGUUUCAAUUUUCCGGUUAUGGGUUGAUUGCCCGCCAUCUUAUUAACAAUCUCCAAAAUCAUAUUUAGGCCAUACAUUUUUCUCUUUUUUCUUUAUUUUGUUUGUCAUUUUUCCGUUCAAUUUCAUCCCUGUUUCAGUUUUUUCCCAUUUCGAAAUGAUGAUGAAAGGGGCUGGAUUUCUAGGGUUUCGCAUCAUGCCCUAAUUCUUGCCCCUUCCAGACUUGCCACUUUCUCUUAAUUAUUGGUUUUUAUUCAAUCCUAGAUUUAAUUUUUGUUGUUAGCUUUCUGGGCCUUUUGAUUUUGCUCUCCACUGGAAUAUUAAUUUAGAUGGGAAGAUUGAUUGGGGGAGAAGUGAAUUCGAAUAUUUCAUUGGGUUCGCUGCAGCUGAAUUUCUUUGGGUGCCCAUUUCGAUUUGGGUCCGACAUUACUUCAUUUUCUGUUGCAUGUGAAGCUUUCUCCGAUCGCCGCCUCCUGUAAAUCUAAUCGUUGAUUGUACAGUGUGCUUUCCCCCUCUUUUUUUUUUUUCCCCUUUUUUUUGGAAAAAAAAUUGUAUUCCAUUUGAUAUGUAUUUUGGGAAUAAUGAAUGCUGGAUGGGGAAAAGGGAAAAUCAAUGUAAAAUGGGUACUGCCGAAUCUGAUGUUGUAGAAAUAUCUCCGGACGGACGAUAUAUUCGGUAUGAAGAAAUCCUGGGAAGAGGAGCAUUCAAGAAUGUUUACAAGGGCUUUGAUGAAAUUGAUGGCAUAGAAGUUGCUUGGAACCAAGUCAGUAUCGAGGAUGUGCUGCAAUCGCCCGAUCAUCUGGAGAGAUUAUAUUCCGAGGUUCAUCUGUUAAGAACACUGAAACACGAAAACGUCAUUAGGUCAUAUGCAUCUUGGGUGGAUGAUGGCAAUAAGACUAUCAACAUGAUAACCGAGCUGUUCACUUCCGGCAGCUUGAGGCACUACCGAAACAAACAUAAGAGUGUUGAUAUGAAAGCUAUCAAGAACUGGGCCAGGCAGAUCCUUCGAGGGUUAGAAUAUCUGCACACUCACAAUCCUCCUGUCAUUCACAGAGAUCUGAAAUGCGAUAAUGUAUUCGUGAAUGGUAAUCAUGGAGAAGUAAAAAUUGGUGAUCUUGGAUUGGCAACAAUAAUGCAGCAGCCUACUGCCAGAAGUGUUAUCGGUACACCCGAGUUCAUGGCUCCUGAACUUUAUGAGGAGGAAUACAAUGAGCUGGUGGAUAUUUAUUCUUUCGGGAUGUGUAUCCUUGAGUUGGUUACCUGCGAAUACCCGUACAGCGAAUGCAAAAAUCAAGCACAGAUAUACAAGAAGGUUACCUCCGGAGUAAAACCGGCUGCUCUGAGUAAAGUAAGGGACCCUGAGUUACGAAGGUUCAUAGAAAAAUGCCUGCUUCCAGCUCCCCAGAGGCUGAGUGCUGCCGAGCUUCUGAAAGCGACAUUUCUCUCUAACGAAAAUCCCAAGGAUGACACCUGUGAUCCCCCUCAACUAACCGAUUUCACGCCAAAAUCGAUAAACUCGUCAAAAUCCGAUUUCCCUCUCAUGGAUCUCGACUCUUCUUCCAGAAUGCUUCUAUCUGGUAGCAGCACGUGGUGCGAAAGCAUCACAGAAACUUCCAUGUCUACCCUCGAGCUGCAUAGGUGCAACGAGAGGAACGAAUUUGUUUUGAAAGCUGAAGAAUUUGACGGUCGUAAAAUAAGUUUGACUUUGAGGAUUGCUGACUAUUCCGGUCGGGUUCGGUACGUGCACUUCCCGUUUUAUCUCGAUUCGGAUACCUCAUCUUCAAUAGCUUCAGAGAUGGUCGAGACACUCGAUUUAUGGAGGGACGAUGUUGCUUUCAUAGCCGAGCUUAUCAACAGCUUAAUCUCACAGUACAUUCCCACAUGGGCUACACCAUGCGGGAGUCUGUGUGGGCCCAAGAAGUUGGAAAACGAGAAGCCUGAAGCGAAAACCGAGCAUGGUUUGAAAAUCACCAGAUUAAACAAUAGUAAUAAUAAUAAUAAUGAUAAUAACAAUAGCUGCAACUAUAACUACACUGUUUUGAGCCAGAGCUUGAAGAACUCAGUGAACUCGUUCACUGGCUCGUGGAUAACUGCAACGAGCAAUAUGAGCUUGAGCGUUUCGUCUCUCUCGUUAAUGGAUAAGGAGAAUGAGCUGUCGUCUGAUGAUUUGAGGGAGGAGCUUGAGCAAAUCGAUUUGCAGUACCAACAGCGUUGUAGAGAGCUCGAGAGAAUGAGAGAGGCUGCUAUCGAGAAUGCCAAAAAGAAGUGGAUAAUGAAGAAGACAUCCGUGCUUUGAUCGUGUGGCGUGAGGCUCGGGAAUUUUGUGGGGGUGUUUGAGAAGCUUCGUGUUUUUCGUAACUUUUUUUUUUUACUCU